AUGCACGCUAUAAAAGGAACUGAAAUUAGAGCGAGGUUUGUCCGAACGUCGAUUGCAUUUAUCAUUUAAUCGUCAGUUCGUUAUCAGGAAUCAGUCGGGCAACACGUUCCGCAGUUGAAACGAAAAAAAUAAUUGCUAGAAGAAUGGACAACGUAGGAGCGGCAGCACCCUUCGCAGGGAGGGAAGGAAGAUCGGGGGAGGGCGACGAUAGCCGGAUAGCAAAGUUUUAUGCCGGCAAACACGUACUCCUAACAGGCUGCCCAGGUUACCUAGGCACUCUGAUUCUAGAGAAACUGUUACGUACGUGCACCGACGUUGGCAAAAUUUAUAUAAUGAUUCGACCGAAGAGGGACGUAUCAGCUGAAGAACGUAUGAAGAAGAUGUUACAAAACGAAGUGUUCGACAGGAUGCGGGGGGCGAAUCCGAACUUCGGGGAGAAGAUCGUGCCGAUCUACGGUGAUCUACAGAAACCCGAUUUGGGCAUUUCGUCGGAGGACCGGCUGCGUUUGACGAGCAACGUGAACAUAAUCAUCCACAACGCGGCGAUGGUCUACUUCUUCGCGAAGCCGUCGGUUCUUCUACGGAUAAACGUGAUUGGAACGUUGAAGCUGCUCGAGUUAGCGGCGGAAUGCAGAAGCUUCGACCUGUUCGUUUACACGUCGACCGCGUACUCGCACCAUCACAAGAGCACGAUCGGGGAGGAGUUUUAUGCACCGCCGUGCGGCCUGGAGACGAUUCUGGACAUAAUACGAGUCGACGAAGAAAACGCGACCGGCCUAUCCAAGGAGGCGUUGAAAGACAUCAUCGGCAGUUGGAUCAACCUGUACUCGUUCAGCAAAGCUGUUACCGAGGGCGUGGUCCAUGACUUCAGCCGGAAGCAUUCGCUCCCUUGCAUCGUCUACAGACCAUCCAUACUUUCAGAAACGUACAAGGAGCCGAUCGACGCGUGGGUUGGGAAUAAGCAUGGUCCGAUAGUAAUCACCUACGCAUGUGCUCUGGGCAUCUUACGCGUAGUCAGAAUGAUCAAGAAGAACAGUAUGGAUUUUGUGCCAGCUGACUUUACGACUAACAAUCUUCUGGCUAUCAUUUGGGAUCACGUAACGUACAGAAAAUCCAAAGAACCGGAGGUGUACAACUACGCGUCGUCCGACUGGAACUCGUUUACCAUCAAGAUGGCGGUGGAGCAGUUCCCUAUGGCGGUUCGCAAAUAUCCCCUGUCUAAAAUGGUUUGGUACCCGUGUUUCAUGACGGUCGAGAACAGUAUCGGUUUUUUCAUCCUCCACACAUUGUGGCACGUAUUCCCGGCUAUAAUCGUCGAUUUGAUUUUACUGCUUCGACUGAGAAAACCGAUGGCAAUAAAGAUGUUACUGAAAGCGUACAAGAAUCACGAUGAAUUGAUAUACUUCUUCUCCAACUGGGUUAUAAAAACGGACAAAUCGAAACGUAUCUUGGAUCGGAUGAACGCCACGGAUUUGAGUCAGUUCCAGUUUAAUUUGAACGAAGUAAAUUGGAACAAAAAAGUGGAAAUGAUUCUACGCUCUAUUCGUCGUCUGACGAAGGAACCGGUGGACAAGAAUCCCGUUGCUGAUAGGAAAUUUCGAACAAUGCAGAUACUCCACUAUAUCGUUUGCAGCUUCAUCAUACUCUUCUGGUUGUUCUUUCUACACAGGAUGAUGCAUACUUUUUACAAUUAUUGAUAACGCUUGUAUCGCCACUUGGAACGGAAAUAAAAUGUAAUUAUAAACA